AUGGCCUGCAGAUCGAGAAUAACGCCCGUGCUGCGGCGCGCAAGGACAGCCAGCUUCAUACGACCGGUGAACAGUUCCCCAGGAGCAUCCCGCAGUGCUUUGCGAUGCAUCUCGACGUCGAGCCCACGCCACUUCACAGCUUCCAGCUCGAUUAGUGCCAAGUUCACCACCGACACGUACCCCGAGAUCAAGCGCGAUGAGCGAUUUGCUCAGAUCACCCCUGAGCAUGUGAAGUUCUUCAAGGACCUCCUGGGCAAGGACUGUGCCGUCAUCGACGGCGUCACUGCCGAGGUCUCGACCGACGAGAUGGAACCCUACAACGGCGACUGGAUGCGCAAGUACCGAGGACACUGCAAGCUCGUUCUGAAGCCCGGCUCGACGGAGGAGGUUUCCAAAAUCCUCAAAUUCUGCAAUGACAACAUGCUGGCGGUCGUGCCCCAGGGCGGAAACACUGGCCUUGUUGGAGGUAGUGUGCCAGUCUUUGACGAGAUCGUCAUUAGCACGAGCCGAAUGAACGAGAUUCGCAGCUUCGACGAUGUGAGCGGUAUUCUGGUCGCUGACGCCGGUGUCGUUCUUGAGAUCGCAGACCACUUCUUGGCUGAGAAGGGCUACAUCUUCCCCUUGGACUUGGGUGCUAAGGGAAGUUGCCACAUUGGCGGCAAUGUCGCAACAAAUGCCGGUGGUCUGAGGCUCUUGAGGUACGGCAGCUUACACGGUAGCGUGCUGGGUAUUGAGGCUGUUCUUCCCGACGGAACCAUCGUGGACGAUCUGAGCAAGCUCCGCAAGAAUAACACUGGCUACGACCUGAAGCAGCUUUUUAUUGGUGGCGAAGGCACAAUCGGUAUGAUCACGGCGAUCUCGAUACAAUGCCCGCAAAGAUCCAGCGCAGUCAACGUGGCUUUCUUGGCCGUGGACUCGUAUGAGAAGGCACAACAAGCUUUCAAAGAGGCGAGACAGCAGCUAGGUGAGAUUCUGUCUGCUUUCGAGCUCAUGGAUUUGCGAAGCCAGAAGCUGGUUCAAAAACAGCGCGGCAGCAAGAGCCCCUUGGAGGGCGAGUCGCCCUUCUACAUCCUGAUCGAGACAAGUGGUUCCAACUCGGAGCACGAUAGCGAGAAGCUGGGCAACUUCCUCGAGGAUGUCAUGGGUAAGGAGGUCGUCUCGGAUGGUGUCCUCGCAGAGAACGAGACUCAGAUCCGCUCUUUGUGGAGCCAGAGAGAGGGUGUACCCGAGGCUGUUGGCCACUGGGGUGGCGUCUACAAAUACGACGUCUCGAUACCGCUAAGUGAAAUGUACGACAUUGUCGACGAUGUCAGGGCCAAGGUCGAGGAUGCCGGUCUCAUCGGUGAUACGGAUGACUUCCCUGUCAUCGAUGUUGUUGGAUACGGCCACAUGGGUGACUCGAAUCUGCACUUGAAUGUUGCUGUGAGGCGGUAUGACAAGCGCGUCGAGAAGAUACUUGAGCCUUUCGUGUACGAGUGGAUCGCCGAGAGGAAUGGCAGCAUAUCUGCCGAGCAUGGUUUGGGACUUGCAAAGAAGAAUUACAUCGGUUACAGCCGAAACGAGACGUUGGUUAAGCUGUUCAAGCAGAUCAAGAACCUGUAUGAUCCGAAGGGAAUCAUGAACCCGUACAAAUACGUAUAG